UUGCAGGAGCAGCUCAAAAGUCAAACUGAGAGGCAUUCUUGGCAUCAAGACGAAGAAGUUCGUGAAGGAAAAGCAGACGUUGAUGCUGAAGAUGUAGCCAAAGUUUGGAAUACAAGUGGAGAGCUUUCCGUAUAUCGUUUUGAAAUUCGAGCAUAUCCGGGAGAGGUCAGCGUUAUACUUGGACAUAGAGGAGCUGGAAAAACGACAACCCUUAAGAUGAUCUGCGGCACUAUACGACCCACUCGAGGACAUAUUAAAAUCUUGAAUAAUGAUAUUUUCUUGGCAAAAACUUUAUGCCGCACAAAAAUAGGAUAUAGCCCGCAGAAAAACUUGCUAUAUGAUAACUUGACAGUAAUGGAACAUUUAUGGUUCUUCUAUUUUAUGAAACGUCCAAAAGCUAGAAAAGCAAAGGAAAAAUGGUUAGGCGAAGCAGAAGUUUUGAUACAAAGUCUUGACAUGGAUAGUUUUAGAAAUAAGCUUGUUUGUAAACUAUCUCCUUGUGAGAAGCGGAAACUUAACAUAACGCUAGCUUUUAUCGGAGGUAGCCGUAUUGUCCUUCUGGAUGAACCAACCACCGAUAUGGACAAACCUGCAAAAGCUUGCUUGUAUGAGCUAGUCAAUCAACAAAAGGAUUGCCGGUGGGUAGCGAUUGUACACCAAAAUCCUUUUACAAAAUGACA